CGCCACCUCGGCUGUACAACCUGUAGAGGGGUUGCAUCGCAUCGCAAUCGCAUUGCAUCACGGCGCGCAGGUCGUCGUGCCCGUCACGACGUCUCCACUCCGUCCCCUCUCCCGCGGGGUGGAGAGCUCGAGAAUUAAAGCCCCUUAUCCUCUGCCGCCCGCCACCGAUCGUCGGAUCCAACCAUCUCCCCUCGCCGCCCGCCCGGCCGCGCCCUCUUUUUGGAGCCUUGCGCCGCGGUCCUUUCCCCCUGUCCGAAUCCGCCUCGACGUGUCCGCCUCCUCCAUCUCCUCCCUCCCCGUGCGCUCGCCUUUUGGUGCGCUCUUGGUAUCUGUGCUCGCCUCCCGUGCCCCGCCUCCUUCUUCCUCCUCGUCUCUCCGGCUCUGCCACGCUUCCUUCCUCUUGUCCUGCGUGCUCCUUCGCCCGCCCACUACGCUUCUCUUGGCUGGCGGCAUUGCGUGCGGGAUCGUGACGUCGUGACGAUGUCGUCGGCGGUGGAGGCGGCCAUCUCCUGCUCCAAGGUCGACGUCCCCGCGGCGCCGGAGCCGGAGGAGACCAAGGCCAAGAACGCGGCGGCGGAGCACGGCGGCGACGCGGCGAGCGGCGAGGCGGCGCCGCCGCAGCCGCAUUGCCACGAGGACGAGGAGGACGAGGAGGAGGCCCCCAAGGUCAUCGACCUCGGCCCCCGCGUCAGCAUCAAGGACCAGCUCGAGAAGGACAAGGACGACGAGAGCCUGCGGCGGUGGAAGGAGCAGCUCCUCGGCAGCCUGGAUUUGAACUCCGUCGGAGAGACGCUGGAGCCGGACGUGAAGAUAAUGAGCCUGUCGAUCCUGUCCCCCGGCCGCCCCGACAUCUUCCUCCCGCUGCCGGUGGAGCCCAACGCCAAGGGCGUGUGGUUCACCCUCAAGGAAGGCUCUCCCUACCGGCUCAAGUUCACCUUCUCCGUCAGCAACAACAUCGUCUCCGGCCUCCGCUACACCAACACCGUCUGGAAGACCGGCAUCAAAGUUGACAGGGCCAAGGAGAUGCUCGGCACGUUCAGCCCCCAGCUGGAGCCCUACACCUACGUGACGCCGGAGGACACCACCCCGUCGGGAAUGUUCGCCCGGGGCUCCUACUCUGCCAGGACCAAGUUCCUCGACGACGACCGGAAGUGUUACCUGGAGAUCAACUACACCUUCGACAUCCGCAGGGAGUGGCCGUCGACGAGCUGAGCUGACCAGCCUUCACCGGCGGCGACGAGAUCGGCCUACCUGCUGGAGCCGCUGUUUUGCUGUCGCUGAACCUGAGCAGAUCUCACUCGUUUCGUUUGUGUGUUCCUUUUUUCUUUCUGGCUCUUCUGGUGGGUUCGUGCCGUCGUCCCUAGGUUUUUUUUAUUCCUCAUGUGACUGCGCGUGUGUGAAUAUCGUUUCCUUCUGUUUCGUCAGUUGGCUGUUGUGUUGAACUUGUGUCAGCGUCUCGUUUCCAAACUGCCUGUUGAGUUCGGAGCAAUGAAAUGGAGCUGCGAUCUACGUAAUGCACUCUU